UCCGCUGAGAAUAAUCCUAGAAGAAGGCAAAGAAGGAAGACUGUGCGAUAGAAGGGCAUAGUGGAAGCAAAACACAAGCAACGACGACGACGACGGGAGCGACGCGAAUGGUGCAUCAUUUCAGUGUUCUUAUAAUCUAUACUUCGCCAGCAUAGAACGGAAAAUCCAUAGAAAGAGCUCCAUUUCGUUAUCGCUUAAUCGGUUCGUACAGUGCUCCAAGUGCCAAAGGAUAGCGAUAGUACUCCGAAGGAAGAGAGCUUGCUUUUCAAAAUACUCGUCUUGUGCGUCACUCGUUCUAUUUCGCAUAGUUUUUUAUGUAUAUUACUCGAGUGUAUUUCGAGGAGACUGCCGCUGUGAUCAAUUUCAAUGAUUUUGUCGUUUAGUGUGCGAUGAUAAUUGUUCAGUGAAAUUGUGAAAAAAACGAAUAAAAGACCACAGGAAUCUUCGUUCCGCUGCGCCACCACCACUGCCACCGAGACUCGGGAUUUGCAUCAUUGACCGAUAUUUGUUGGCCUUGAUCGGACUGCGAGAUAUCAACACAAUCACAACACAAUAACCCGGAGAAACCAAAACAAUCGACAAUAUGUCUUCUCUGUCGGCAAGCGCUGAAAAUCUUUCCAGCGAUCAGAAUAACGAUGGUUCAUCGAUGUGCUUGGAGUUGGCACUGGAGGGUGAACGAUUGUGCAAAUCCGGUGACUGCCGGGCCGGUGUGGCCUUCUUUCAGGCGGCGAUACAGGCUGGGACGGACGAUUUGCGGACGCUGAGUGCCAUAUACAGCCAGCUGGGAAACGCAUACUUCUACCUGGGUGACUAUGCGAAAGCGAUGCAAUACCACAAACAUGACCUUACGCUGGCCCGCUCGAUGAACGACAAGCUGGGCGAGGCAAAGUCCUCCGGAAAUUUGGGCAACACGCUGAAGGUGAUGGGUCGCUUCGAUGAGGCUGCAAUCUUCUGCCAGCGGCAUCUCGCGAUCGCUCAGUCACUCGGGGAUCGGCUGUCGGAGGGCCGGGCGCUGUACAACCUGGGCAAUGUGUACCACGCGAAAGGUAAACAACUCGGUCAGAAAGAUCCGGGAGAUUUUUCUGAUGAGGUAAAGGAAUCGCUCAUGCAGGCCGUGGAUUACUAUCAGCAGAAUCUGAAGCUGAUGAAGGAACUUGGCGAUCGAGGAGCUCAGGGGAGGGCGUGUGGUAACCUGGGGAACACAUACUACUUGCUGGGAAAUUUUGAAACUGCCAUUGAACAUCACCAGGAGCGACUACGGAUUGCGCGGGAGUUUGGCGACAAGGCUGCGGAACGGAGAGCGAAUAGCAAUCUUGGUAAUUCGCACAUAUUCCUUGGGCAGUUUGAGCAGGCGGCUAAUCAUUAUAAGCGCACUUUGUCACUGGCAAUGGAAUUGGGUGAACGUGCCGUCGAAGCCCAGGCUUGCUACAGUCUAGGUAACACAUACACUCUACUACGAGACUUCCCCACCGCUAUCGAUUAUCAUCAGCGACAUCUGGCAAUCGCUCAGGAGCUUGGCGAUCGAAUCGGUGAAGCCCGAGCCUGUUGGAGCCUCGGUAACGCACACUCAUCCAUAGGAAACCACGAGAAAGCUCUUCACUACGCAAAUUCUCACUAUAUACUCGCGAAAGAGCUGGGCGAUUUGGUUGGCGAGAACACCGCCAAGAUGAACAUAUCAGACCUGAGGAAAAUACUCGGACUGCCGGAGAUGCUAGUGGAUACUAGCUCGAUUGCGGCGGUCGAGAACGAUACCCUCCAAGAGCUAACUAAUCAAAAUACUCAAAGCAGUGCCACGAGUGCGCUCAGCGGUGGCGGGAAAGCUGGAUCAGUUGGCGGCGGUCUUCUAUCCAAACAGUACCGCGUGCGACGGCAAAGUAUGGAACAAUUGGAUUUAAUAAAGCUGACACCGGAUGGCAAGAAGAUGGUAAACGUGCAUGAUAAGCAACAGUCCGCAUUGGCACAGUCAGCCCUCGCACAGCAGCAGCAGAAGAACAGCAACAAACAGAACGAGAAUAUAUUUAAAACCAACGACGAAGACUUCUUCGAGCUACUCACUCGGUCCCAGAGCAAACGAAUGGAUGAUCAGCGCUGCACUUUAAAGCUUACGCAUGCCGAAAGUGUAGACUCCGCUAGGAAACCACUGACCCAGCACAAUAGUAACGCAGCGGUAGCCAAGGAGAACAGAAAUGCUUUGCUGGAAAUGAUCGCUGACUUCCAAGCCGAGAGAAUGGACGAACAGCGAGCUCUACUGCCAGGUUUAAAGAGAAUAUCUCUCAACAACGCAAACAAUGUGUUGAACCAUCCGACCAACGCUAGCAACAGCAGUCUAAAUCAGGAGCAGGAUCCUCCGCAGUCAGAUGGCAUUGGAACACCACCGGACGAUGCGUUUUUAGAUAUGCUGAUGAGAUGUCAGGGUUCCCGAAUAGAGGAACAACGUUCGGAGCUGCCAACGCCCAACAUCACAAUGGACGCCGAAGUUAACGAGCGGAGAGCAGUGGCAGGAAAUCCUAACAGUGGGGCUACCGUGCCGGAUGAGGAUUUCUUCUCGCUGAUCAUGCGUCUCCAGGGCGGCCGCAUGGAAGACCAACGUGCAACGGUACCUUUGAAUAACAAUAACAAUACCAGUCGAAACAACAACAACAAUCAAAAUCAUAAUAAUAAUAACAGUGCUAGUAGCAGUAAUAAUAACAACAGCAGUAAUGGUGCUAGUACAAACCAUGCUAGCGCAAAUGGAAGAAGCCAAAACUCGGACGGUAACGGAGGCGCCAAAGGACUGAAAUGAUUCAACUCGUUGGAUUGGUAAAGGAACGAUAGUAUACUUUCUUUAUCUGAGAGUAGUUUCUUUUGUUGACAUAUUGAAAGCAUGAAUUGUUCGGUAGGGUGCUCUCGUCUCACUAUGCUUCCGGAGGUAAUCUCCGUUGAUAUUAGUAAAUAUGUAAAGUCUGCCGAGGCACGUGUAUAGUCUACUUGUUAGAUGUACGUAUAGUCUACUUGUUAGAUGAUACGUCAAAUAUCACGACAGUAAUCGAUCCGCGCCAUUAUAACUUUCCAUUCUGUGUGUUACGCGUAUGCUUCUACAAAAAGUGAAGAUGGUAAGCUUUUUUAAGCUGCGAUCAUUCACUUGAUAUAUUUAUAAAUAAUUCCACUGUGUUAGUCGUUUUGCUUGCAAUUCCAAUCAUGUACAUAGAGUCUAGUUUAUACAUAAUUCUUUUAUAUUAUUGUACCAGAUUUUUUUUUCAUUAUACACCACAUAUAAACCCAAGUCUCCGCAAACCGAGGAUAGAAAACUACAAGACUAACAUGCAAACUAUUUAUCUACUUUUCGAAGCAUAAUCGAUAUUUUCCCUAGAGUAAGCGGCAAAUAGAUAAAUCUAACGAUUAUAAUGACCAAAAUAACCCUUAAUGAGAAAAUCGCAAUCGCGUCCCUCCCUCCGGAUAUGGAAAUACGGAUACGGAAGCUAGUUUAAACACAACAAAAAAGCCAUUCAGUUAGAUGCUAAGCCUAAGCAAUUUUAAGGGUCUAGAUAUAAUGAAUUUUUCUAGCUUUAAGCGCGUGCGGUAAUCCAUUUGUAGUCUAGAGUACAGAAUAUUGUCCUGGAUUGCGAUGUUCUUCGUCCAGGAGAUUAUUUAUUGCAAUAUGUAUAACCAACGCUAUCGAGGAUGCGGAACAAUCAUGUAUCGUUCAGUGUUGACAGAUCGAACUGGGACAGAGUGCGGUCUUGAUUUCAAAUUAUGAAUUACGUUCAUCAUUCUUCCGGGAGUUCUUGUUUUUUUUGCGGGAGGCAACCGAACAAAUCAUAGUCAGGUACUCUGCUCCCUCUCUUUCUAGUCGCUGUUUCCGCCGAGUUAUCAUAUCUUCCAAUCUUUGGAAAAAAAAGCCGCAAAUUGAAUAUACACGAAACUAGAUACCUUCUACUAUCAUUAUAAAUUUAUGUAAGAUACUAACUAGGGUUGAAUGGAAACAAGAUAAUUUGCUGCGAGCGAAAAAUGAGUAGACUUAAAGUUCGUUUUCUCCUGUAUUUCAACACAUUCUUCAUCACCCAGUAGCAAUCGAGGUGCGACAAUUGAUUGAUUUUUUUUAACGCAUAUAACGAUGACUGCUAUCACCACCGGAAUCGGCAUGAUAUUCAAUGCGCAUUCACAUGAUUGCAGAUGCAGUUCUGUUUGGACAAAAUUCCUGUUUGUGAUGUUAUCUACUGAUUUGUGAUAAAACUGUUGUUCAAAUUAUUCCCCUGACUGCAACAGCAGCAGCUGCACCACCAUCAAGUAAGAAAUUAAAAAAAAUUAAACGAGAAAUACUGAUAUUUGUUGAAGCUUCAAACAUAAAUUAUCUGAAAUUAUUCCUGUUACGUCUGAUACUAACAAUCUGAUAUACAAAAAUAUAUGAAUCAUCCGGAAUAAG